GAUUAAAUAAUAAAAUAAAGAUACAAUGGGCUGAGGAAAUUCAGAUGCUUAUCCAACCGCCCAACCUAAGGGAUCAACGACUCCAGCACAAAUGCUGCAACAAGAUCACUUAAAAAUCUCCAAUCCAUAUACUGAAUCCCUCCCUUCACUUCCUCUUCAAAAUUCUAACCCCCCUACACAAGCUCAAAAUACUUCUCAAAACAAGACUCCCAGUAAGUUUCAUUUCCACUCCCAUAAACCCCAAUCACCACCUACCCUCACUACCCAAUUCAGCUCCAAAUCCAGCUCCUAUUUCCCCUACAUCAAGUCCGAACCAGUCUCACUAAACCCCCCCAAAUUCCAGCUCUCUCAGUCAAAAUUUUACUAAAAUCAUAAAUUUUUUCACAAUUUUAUAAAUUUUCUGCUCAAAUUUUAAAAUUUUAAGUUUUCACAAAAUUUCGCUUGAUUUUAAGUUUGGAUUUUUUGUGGGAGAGUUCUGUAGAAUGGGGGCUUAUUGGAUUUUGGGCUGAUUUUUGGGGUGGAAAUUUGGAAUUUAGAGGAGGCUUAGGGAGAGAAUGGGUCAAGGAGAGAUAGGUGAGGGUGGUGGGGUAGGAGAGUUAAGGGUUGGGGCAGGGAGGAUGGGAUAGGAGAGAUUGAGCGAAGUUUUGGGCUUUUGUGUUGAUGUUGGAUGUGUAGUGAGGAAAAUGUAGUUGUUGUUCGAUUUUUCUAAAACAGAUUAUUUUUACUUUAUGAAUAUUCUAUG